AUACACGAGAGCCUAUGAAUGAGAUCACGAAAGAGACACCUGGUUCUCCAAUAGCUCAACAGAAUAUUGAGACUCCAGUCCUUACUCCAAUUCAGACGCAGCAGGAGACUCACGAGCUUAUGAAUGAGAUCAUUUCACCAAACAUUUCCGACACACAGCCAAAUACCCGAGCUCGCAGAAAUCUUUUAACAGAGCAAAAUAAGGAUGUAGAAAACAGAGUUCAAAAUCCCUUUGAGAUCGGAGCAAAUGUGGAGAUUUCAAUCCAAGAUGACAAUACUUGUCAUAAAUGGUAUCCAGGAAAUGUGUUGACAACAUAUUUGGUUGAUGGGGUUGAGACGAUGAAAGUUGAGUACUCCAUCCCGUCUCUGGACGAAAAGAAGAGGAAAAGGAGUGUUGAGACACGUGUAUCAAUUGACAGAAUACGUCCUCAACCACCACCUGAGAGAACUGGAGCGAAGAAAAGUUAUGAGCUAAUGAAGGUGCGCUAG